ACACACUGGGCUCUUCUCUCUCCGUUCUGUAUUUAGUAGUAUUGUUUUUCUCUUUCUUCGAAAACAAUAGAACAACUAAAGAACUAAACCACAACCACCAUCAACAGUUGGAUUGAGUAAGCAACAGAGAGAACAUUGGAGAGAGAGAGGGGGACGGCUCUUCCGACAUUUUAUCAAUUCUUGAAGCAAACGACGACGUGACUCUGUAACUGUUGCUUCAGAUCUACACUUGUUCGCUCACGUUACGAUUUACUCUUCGGUAUUUAUGAAGAUGAGUUUCUAGAGAGAGAAACGCACACACCACUCCAUUCAUUCUGUUUCGAUUUCGCUAUAACAUGGUGGUUUCGGCACCUAUAACACCUGGACAGGUGUCACUUUUGCUUGGAUUUGUCCCCAUUUUCGUAGCAUGGAUAUAUUCCGAGUUGUUAGAAUACAAGAAGUCUUCAUCUCCAUCAAAAGUUCAUUCAGACAUUAAUAUAGUUGAAUUGGGAAAUGAAAUGGUCAAGGAAGAUGAUCGGGCUGUUUUGCUAGAGGGAGGCCUCACAAAAUCAGCUUCUGCUAAGUUUUAUACUUCAUCCAUCAAAGUGAACUUAAUUAGGUUUCUAACACUGGAUGACUCCUUCUUGCUAGAAAAUCGAGCAACUCUGAGAGCUAUGUCUGAGUUUGGGGCAAUUCUGGUAUAUUUCUACAUAUGUGACCGCACAGAUAUAUUAGCAGAAUCUACCAAGAAAUACAGCCGCGAUCUUUUCCUCUUUCUCUACCUUCUUCUUGUCAUAGUUUCAGCAAUGGCUUCACUCAAGAAACUCAAUGACAAGUCGGCAUUUUCUGGAAAAUCCUUUCUUUACCUUAAUCGGCAUCAGACAGAAGAGUGGAAGGGAUGGAUGCAGGUCCUCUUUUUAAUGUAUCAUUACUUUGCUGCAACGGAGAUAUACAAUGCAAUUCGUGUUUUUAUUGCUGCAUAUGUCUGGAUGACUGGAUUUGGCAACUUUUCCUACUAUUACAUCCGAAAGGAUUUUAGCCUUGGAAGGUUUGCACAGGUAAAAUUAUUGAUUUUGGAUCAUAAUGUUAUUUCACUAUAUGAUGUGAUGAUUACUUUUAGUUGUAAUAUUUUAAGCUGCCUUCAAAUCUUUAUUGUCCUUUCUAUACAGAUGAUGUGGCGGCUAAAUUUCCUAGUGGCGUUUUGUUGUAUCAUUCUUAACAAUGACUAUAUGCUGUACUAUAUCUGCCCAAUGCACACGCUUUUCACCCUCAUGGUGUAUGGAGCCCUUGGUAUUUUCAACAAGUAUAAUGAGAUAAGAUCAGUGAUGGCUGUGAAGAUUCUCUCAUGCUUUCUUGUGGUUAUCUUGAUCUGGGAAAUUCCUGGAUUUUUUGACUUUUUAUGGUGGCCUUUAACAUUCCUGUUAGGAUACACUGACCCUGCAAAGCCAGAUCUCCCUCGAUUGCACGAAUGGCAUUUCAGAUCUGGGCUUGAUCGUUACAUAUGGAUCAUCGGGAUGAUAUAUGCCUAUUUUCACCCCAAUGUUGAGAAGUGGAUGGAGAAAUUGGAGGAAUCUGAACCCAGGCGGAGACGCACAGCCAAAACAUGCAUUGUUGUGGUUUCCAUAGUUGUUGGCUAUUUAUGGUAUGAAUUUAUUUACAAGCUGGACAAGGUCACAUACAACAAGCUUCAUCCGUACACAUCGUGGAUUCCAAUAACUGUAUACAUAUGCUUGAGGAAUUUCACUCAGGAGCUUCGGAAUUUGUCUUUGACUCUCUUUGCGUGGCUUGGCAAGGUUACUUUGGAGACGUAUAUUUCCCAGUUCCACAUUUGGCUGAGGUCGAGUAUACCUAAUGGACAGCCUAAGUGGCUUCUCUCUCUUAUCCCAGAGUAUCCUUUGCUCAACUUCAUGCUAACAACUGCCAUUUAUAUCUUGAUAUCCCAUCGGCUCUUUGAACUGACCAAUGUGCUCAAGUCUGUUUUUAUACCCCCAAAAGAUAAUCGGCAGCUGCUGAAUAAUUUUCUUGCCGGGGCAGCAAUAUCUGUGUGUUUGUAUUGCAUCUCAUUCAUUCUUCUUCAAAUCCCUCAUUAACAGAAUGAAAAACUAAAGGCCCUAAGUUUCGGGAAGAGAAUUUCCCCAUUGGACAUACAAAAGAAUAGAGGAGUAAAAUAAUAGGACUGAGAAGGUCUUGCUUGCUGAUAUAGCUUGUGAGCCUGGUGUUUUCGACAAUUUUGGGGAAUCUAACUCUCCACUGCUGCACUGGAGCUGCAAAAAGAUGUUUGAUUUGUCUCUAGGAGUUUGGCAGAAGGCAGAUGGUCACUGGAAAUGAAUUUUUGUAACAAUAGAUUGCCAAAUAUCAUUUUAUAUCUUCUUUUCCUUUUCCUGUAAUCUUCCUUUCUUGUUAAUAAAUGAUGAGAAAUUGUAGACAUUUGUGAUGCGGAUCUGUUGUUUAAAAUGAUUCAUUGCUAAUGCAAUUUCUUAUUUGAGAUUUGUGGGAUGUUUGUAAACUUAUCAGAAUUUAUAGAAGAGAUACCCUUCUAUGGAA